CCCUGCCUUCAUGCUGUGCAUGUUUGCUCCCCCGUUAAUGACACUUUAUCUUGCAGAGCUGUUUUUCCCGAGGGCCAAUCCCUGGAAGGUGGCUCUUGCUGUGAUCUUGCCUCUCCUGGCUGUUCUCCUUCCCCUGGCCAGUUACUGCUUCUGGAGGCAGCACGGAGUGAAAGUGGACGUGACUCUGGAUCCAGAUACGGCAAAUCCCUACCUCAUCCUGUCUGCAGAUUGGAAACAUGUGGUGCACAGAGACGAGAACCAAGGUCUGCCCGACACCCUUGAGAGAUUUGAUAAAAUGGCAAUUGUCCUGGGCACCGAGAGAUUCUUGACUGGGAGGCAUUACUGGGAGGUAGAGGUUGGACACAAAAAAGUCUGGACUCUGGGGGUCUGUCGAGAAACUGUGAGAAGAAAGGGGCAUCUUGUGUUUAUACCUCCAAAUGGAUUCUGGACAAUAUGUCACUUGGAUGGGCGAUAUACAGCCAACACCUCCAACCCAUUGCCCUUCCCUGUGAGCACCAGGCCCAGCCGGGUGGGGAUUUUCCUGGACUACGAGGCGGGCGAGGUCUUGUUUUACAAUGUGACUGACAGGUUCCAUCUCUUCACCUUCACCAACACCUUCUCCGGGACACUCCGCCCUUAUUUCAAUCCUGAGUACAAUAUAGGAGGUACAAACAUGGAUCCCCUGAUAAUUUGCCCAGUCCAACCUUGAGAGAAACUCUGUUCCUUUACUGGGUAUCUGAAAUCUCAUCUACAUAACAGUAUUUUCAUACAGCCGUCAGAAAAAAAAAUGUGGAAGUAUAUGUGUGACGUAGUGGGGGUACUUGCUGGGCUGUGG